GAAAUUGCAAAGCAGGCUGGCGCUACCUACUAUAUCCUUGGAGAAGCGUACGUAAUCGAUUGUGAUGCUACUCCUGGACCACUUGAAGUUACAAUUGGUGGCCAUGAUUAUCAAAUCGAACACUACAAUUAUAUUGCGGAUGUUGGCGAUGGAACGUGUGUGAUGGCUCUCUUCCCAAUGGAUUUUGGAGGUUUUGGACCUUCCUGGAUUCUUGGAGACCCGUUUAUCAGGCAAUAUUGUAACAUUUAUGAUAUUGGAAACUUCCGAAUGGGAUUUGCUCCAUCUUUGCAACCUGCUCCAAAAUGAUUGUGAUUUUUUUUAAAUAAAAAUACGUGUGUUGAAGAGUUUUAAAGUUUAAAAAAAAUGUAAAAAAUUUUUUUAAGUUGAAAAAAUUCAUUUCAAUUUCUAAAAUGAAUACAUUUGUAUUUUUGCCACUUGCAUUUUUCGUUCUACUUGAAUCAUUCGAAGCACAAGAGCCGCCAGGACCGACGGCUAGAUUAAAUAUGUUGGAUAAUUAUAUGAAACGCCUCAAUCUUACUGAUAUUCACUUUUCUGAUCCCGGUGGUAUAGUGAAAGUGGACACUGUCGUGAAUAAAUACCAACCUCUGACCGAAGAGGAAAUUAUUCGUAAGAUGAAGAAAACGGUAAAUGACACUGCAUACGAUAUUGCAAACGGAAAAGAUCCUGAUCUUAUUGAAAAAUUGGAUAAAAAGACUGUUCAACUUCCAAAACCAAUUCGUUCAAGACCACAAUUCUAAAAGUUGAACCCAGAUACUUCUGAUUCUCUGAUAAACAUUUUUUAUCUUC